AUGUCUUGCAAAAAAGAAUACAUUAAUAAUAACAACAUAACUGUUAUUUUGUUGGAGACUGAAAAGAAAGACGUCGAGAACCAAUCAGUGGAGGAGGACCCUCUGACGAAAGCCAUCGGAGCUCUUGGGAAAUGGCAAAUAUGGAUAUGCUUCGUCGUGUUCCUUGUCAAGUUCCCAGUGGCCUGGCAUCAGAUGAGCAUCAUAUUCCUCGCACCACCCAUGAACUUCACAUGCGCCGCAACACAAGUUGAAGACCAUUUUGAUAACGUAUGCCAUGCUAACUGCACGGACUUUGAGUACGACCGCAGUAUCUUCAAAGAAACGAUCAUAUCACAAUGGGACCUGGUCUGUGACAGACAAUGGCUGAAGAACCUCACGCAGACAAUCUUCAUGCUCGGCAUCCUUGUGGGAAACAUGAUGUUCGGCCAUCUCUCCGACAGAUUUGGACGCCGUAAUCCGUUCCUAGCAGCAGUAUUCCUGCAACUGAUAUCAGGAGUGACCACCGCAUACUCGGUCAACUGGUACAUGUUCACCACUCUGCGAUUCUUCCUCGCCGUGGCCACAGGAGGCACAAUGGUCACCAGCUUCGUUCUAACAAUGGAACUGAUUGGAGCUAAAUACAGAGACACCAUUUCGGUUAAUUCAAAAAAUGGAAGGCCAACAGAAGGCAUCGCAGCCUCCUCACAGAAGGUUGUAGUUGACAAUGAUGCUAAAACAGAAGAGCAUGCGUCGUUUAUAGAUCUGUUCCGUACGCCGCGACUGCGUACGCGCACCAUUGCUAUCUGCUUCAACUGGUUCGUCUGUGGACUCUGUUUCUUCGGCGUCUCACAGUACAUGAGCCAUAUUUCUGGAGACAUCUUCACCAACGUUGCUAUCUCAGCUGCUAUACAGGUGCCAGGAACCCUCAUAUCAGUCUACACAAACAAAGUUCUAGGACGGAAAAUCACCCUGAUCAGUGCGAACUGCAUCACUGGAAUCAGCUGUCUCCUCAUCAUCGUCGUCCCUCAGUCUGGAGCGAGUCACUUAACACUCGGCUGUACCGGACUCUUGGGAAUGAGCAUAUCCUUCGCUACCGUCUAUUUAUACGCAGGGGAGCUUUUCCCAACUGUUGUCAGAAACUCAGGAGUAGGACUGUCAUCGACAGUUGCCAGAAUAGGAUCGAUGGUGGCUCCCUUCGUUGCCACUCUAUCACACACAAGCGCUUGGCUACCACCUCUAGCGUUUGGAAUUGUGCCAUUAAUAGGCGCUGGACUCUGUAUGCUCUUACCCGACACACGUGGUAGGAAACUACCCGAUACAUUAGAAGAAGGUGAAGCGUAA